GUCACGUUCACCUUUUCACUGGUCAUCAGUCAUCUGUAAAAAAAAGGCACAACUGACGGGGGUAUAUGUCACUUUCACCUUUUCACUGGUCAUCAGUCAUCUGUAAAAAAAGACAAAGCCUUUGUUCCUGUAUCUUUAAGUCUCCAUCCAUCCGACCAUCCAGUGUUAACAAGUCACCAUCCGUCCAUCAUUAAAAUGUUAUUAUUAACGCUAUGUAUGUUAUUAAUUAUUGGUAUUAGGCCCAUGCCAUCUUAAUAUUUAAUAUUUUAUGUUUUUACCCACAAGAUUUGCCAGACCUUUUUAUUUUAAUAUUUUUGUAUUUUUUUACUUUUUCAUAUUUCAUGUUAUUCUAUGUUUCAAUUAUAUAACACACUCACUCACUCAUUCACGUUACACCAUUUUCACAUUAGGUAUGGGCCACACCUUUAUUGUUCAUUUAUACACUAUAGAUCAUUUACACACCCAUCCGUUGCACCUCACCCAUUAAUUACAUUUCAUUUCAUCUUUCACAUAUACAUUUCAUUAUUGUGUUACAUUACACAUUCAUAAUGUUUUUUAUUUUUAACACAUUUUUUAUAUAUAUAUUUGUGUGCAUUUUUACACUGUUUGUUCACUUUUUCUCUUUAUUCACCUAUUUCACACUCUCCAGCACUUCUCACCUAUUCAUUCUCUUCUCACUUUACCUUGCAUGUCACUUGCACCAUUGCGCCUGCGCCUUUGUCCCUCCGAUCAUAUGACCAAUGUAUCACGUGAUCAGAGUGGGCGUUCUAUGACGCGCGCCGCUCAUUCCUUUUGACCGCAUUAUUUUGUGACUUGUUCCGGUCUUUUCCUAUGCGCCGUGUCCAUUGCUGCGCCUGCGCUCUGCUUAUUCCGGUCUGGGUCACGUGUCUGGCCCACACGCGACCCACACCUCAAUGUCUCCUUCCCGGUGGCGCGCAUGCGCCAAUUAUGCUGUUCCAUCACAUGAUCGGAACUGAUCAUGUGACACCUACUGUCCGGAAAUACGCAGUUAGCGUUCCGGAAACUGGUUAGUUGGCCUCCCUGGCCAGUCCAUUUUCAUUCUGGCGCCAUUACCAUUCUGUGGGCGUCAUCUUAUUGUUAAUCUUAGGUAUUGUCAUUGGCUGGGCAGCGUGCCAAUCUGGAUGGAUGUAUGUGAGUGGUUGUCUGCCAGAUAUAAGGUAGGCUGUUUCUUAGGAUAGUCACACCCCCUGAGGAAGCACUUUAGAAGCGAAACGAUCGUUGGGGUAGGUAGGUAUGGUCUGGCAUUCUUGAUUAGGUAUGGGGCUCUGUCCUUUUCUUUAUUGACUUAUAUUUGUCACAGUCCCAUACUAAGGUUUCCUUGCAUUUACUACCCGCAUUGCCUGUUGUUUAUAUACUUUCCUGCUUUAUGACUCAUACCUACCCUUCCAUGGUGAUUCAGUGCCCUUUUUAUGUAUUCUGCACUUUUCUAUGUAUAUUUUUAACCUUUUGUAUCUAAUAAAGCAUAUGGAUUUAUAAUGAUUUCAUGUUUUGUGUGCACUAUUUGAUACACAUUUUCGGCGUUCCCAUUGACACUCCUCUAAGCUCCUCCGUCACCCAUGUACACUCCUCUACACCCCUCUAUCACCAUUGUACACCCCUUUACCCUUCUGUUAUCCAUGUAUACUACUCUGCGCUACUCUGUCACCCACGUACACUAAUCUACACCCCCAACACCUCUCUGUCACCAAUGUACACCACUCUGUCACCCCCUACGCCGCCUUUCACCCAUUUACACCCAUCUAUCACUCAUAUACACUCCUCUAAACCACUCUGCCACCCAUGUACACAUCUCUACAUCCCCAACACCCCUCUGUCACCUAUGUACACCCUUCUAUCACCCCGUACACCCCUCUUUCACCCCCUACGUCCCCCUGUCACCCAUGUACACUACUCUACGAUCCUCUGUCACCCUUGUACACUCCUCUACACCCCCAACACCCCUCUGUCACCUAUGUACACCCCUCUAUCACCCCUUACACCCCUCUUUCACCCCCUACGUCCCCCUGUCACCCAUGCAUACUCCUCUGUUACCCAUUUACACUCCUCUACGCUGCUCUGUCACCCAUGUACACUCCUCUACACCCCUCUCACACCCAUGUACACUCCUCUACACUCCUCUGUUACCAUGUACACUCCUCUAUGCUCCCCUAUCACCCAUGUACACUCCUUUACACACCCAACACCUCUGUCACCCAUGUACACCCCUCUGUCACCCUCUACGCCCCCAGUCACCCAUGUACACCCAUCUAUCACCCAUGUACACUCCUCUAAACCACUCUGCCACCCAUUUACACUCCUCGACACUCCUGCUACCCAUGUUCACCUUUCUGCUACCUUUUUACUCGCCAACUUUGGAAUGUUCCUAAUCUCUGUACCUGAGAUAUGGUUGUGUUAUAUAUAAAGCUGUCCAUAGACGAUAUACUUAUUAAAAACACAUAUAUCUUCAUGUAUACGAGAAAGACUAUGACAUGUCUGCAGGUCUAGAUUUUACAUCUAGCCUGAUUGUUAUCAGUAAUUAAUAUAAAUAUU